UUCGCCAUCACCGCUGUCUCCAUGUCGAUCUCGGCCGACUCAAUCAACGACAGCCGCGAUCACUCAACUUCUCGCCGUCCUUGCGGUAUCGCUAGAGGACCGGUCCAUCAGAUUCGCUUCUGAGAAUGGUUUGAACAAUCCGCAGCGUAACCUUCUCGAACUAGCCUCCCAGUCACUCGUUUCCUGGUUCCGGCCUUUGUGUGUUAUCUCACCCUUUGGAGUCAUCUCCUGUCCGAUUGUCUUGCAUCCCUCCGCGGCCCAUCCCUCAUAACCGUUCGAAGAUCAGCCAAGGUCGCAGUAUCGAUCCGAAAUACGUGUACAAAGUAGAUCGAAUCUUAGACAGCUUGCGAGCCGUCGAAUCCCCAGCCCAGCCGUUUCAACCCCAAACCAAAACUGAUCGACAUCACGAGUGGAUGGUCCCGGCUCGGUUGCAAGGUUGUCCGUCUCGAGGAUCCGCACGGCAGUCAGCAUCUCAAUUCACAGUCGCGAUUCCAACCGGAAUCGUCCUUCCAUCAUGUCAGGCACGGUGGGCAAUCUGAAGGCGACGAGGACGACGCGCGAGUUCUUAAAACGCGACACUCACGUCAAAUGUCAGGACUCAAAGCUCGUCUGCCCUGCUUGCGACACGACUGUAUCGCAAU